AUGGACUCAUCACUUGAUAAUAACAUAAGCGAAAUUCUCUCAAAGUAUUUUAACGACUCGCCUCUUGACCACACAAUAGCCACCGACUACUAUUCACUCAGCCGCGCCAUUCUUCUGAAAAUUCCCGACAUUUUGUUUAAUAAGCGAAACUUAUUACAAUAUGUGAAGAAAAGCGAAGAAGACUCAAUUCCUGAAGGCAAAUCAGAAAGCAAACCAAAACUGCGACGUCCUCCCAAUGCGUAUUUCUUGUUCAUGGCCGUCUUUAACGAAUUCGUAAAUAAACUGGCAAAUGAUGAAAGCCUUGAUGGUAAAAAACGACAGAUGUUAGGAGCAACAUUUUGGAAAUGCCUCAAAGAUGAGUACCAAGCACCUUAUAAACGUGCAGCCGAAGACGCUCGAAAAAAUUUUCCGCGGAUGACAUACGGGCGAUGGCAUUCUACCAGAAAAACUCAUCUCAUUCACCGAAAACGGCGGCUCUCCAAAUAG